AUGACGUCUAACAUUCCUCUUAUUGUGAGAUUAUUGGCUUCUUCUGUGUCAGUAGCCAACAGAGCUGGAAAAAUUGUUCGUGAUGUUAUGAGCAAAGGAGAAUUGGGAAUUGUUGAAAAGGGUAAAGAUGACUAUCAAACAGAGGCUGAUCGGUCAGCACAGCGUUGUAUUGUUGCAUCACUUGCAGCACAAUACCCAAAAGUGAAUAUUAUUGGUGAAGAGGAUGGGCCUGAUAAUGAGGGAGACAUUGCUAGUGACUGGUUAAUUUCUGAAGCUGAUAAAGAAGUGCUGUCUUUGGAAUGCCCUGCUGGCCUUAGAAGUGUCAAAGAGGAAGAGAUUGUUGUCUGGGUUGAUCCUCUAGAUGGAACUUCUGAGUAUACACAAGGUGCACUAAUGUUGAAGAGAGAUCCAUGGGAAAGAUGGAAAAUGUACUUAACUCAUCCUUUUAUAAGUAUCAAGUGGUAUUUAAGUUUGCUCCAAUCUAAUUAUGGCUUCCUUGAACAUGUUACUGUUUUGAUUGGUAUAUCUGUGAAUGAGAAGCCAGUGGCUGGUGUGAUUCACCAACCUUAUUAUAAAACUAUACUGGGUGGGGAGAAGAUAAUAGGUAGAACAAUAUGGGGCCUCCAGGAAGCAGGUGUUGGAGGGUUUACCCCGGCCCCUCCUCCUGACUCCCUCAUCAUUACCACCACAAGGAGUCAUUCCAACCCAUUAGUUGAGAAGGCAUUGCAAGUCAUGAAUGCUGCACAAGUGCUUAGGGUUGGUGGUGCAGGUUAUAAGGUUCUACAACUACUGGAAGGCAAGGCGUCUAUUUACGUUUUCGCUAGCAGCGGCUGCAAAAAGUGGGACACUUGUGCUCCAGAAGCAGUAUUGUCUGCGGCUGGGGGGAAACUGACCGAUAUUCUCGGCGAAUUCUACAAAUAUGGCGGAACAGAGUCACGACCUAACAAAACUGGAGUAUUGGCAGCUGUCUCUAAAGACUUGCACAGUUAUGCAUUGAAUAGAAUUCCACAGGAAUUGAAAGAGGCACUCUCUAAAAAAUAG